GUCAGAAAAAGAAAUUACAGGAGGAAUAGUCAUUCUCUUCACUCACAGGAUUCAUACUACAGGCGGCAUUGUUGAUAAUGAAUUAUGGAGAAGAUAGAUUUAUUCUAUAUUUUAUUUAUUUUAGCUUGUCUGCAUGUCAACAGUGUAACGAGUCCUACUGGGACCUCACAGAUAAAUUGUACAACUGGAACUAAUAUCGAAGUAGGCAAUGUCCAAGAGGGAUAUGAAGGAGAUGUAGAGAUUAUCACUAAUAUCGGACCUGAUGAUCAUCUGGUGCUGGAGGGAUAUCUCUUUCCCAUUGGUGUGACAUUUCUGGAGCUGGUUUACUCUAAUGGAGACUCAACCGCUACAGUACGAACCAUCAAACCACUGGAUGCUGAUGUACUACAGGAGUCAGGAGGGAUUUUGUAUUAUUCACUCACUUGCCCAAACCCGUCGCUGAAAAACAUCAGGACAUUAACAGUUCAGGAUGUCAAUGACAAUCCUCCGAUCUUCGAGAGUAAAUCAUACAACACCACAGUGUCAGAGGCGACGGCUGUGGAGUCCGAUGUGAUCAGGGUGACGGCUAAAGAUGCAGAUGUUUCUACAGAAAACAGCAGAAUUACAUAUUCUAUACUGCCUCCAGCACCGGAUGAAUUUGAAAUGAGAGGUGACGGUAACAUCCGGUUGAAACAACGUCUGAACUACAACAAUGUUCAACAGUACACCUUCACUGUGCAAGCUAAAGAUGUAGGAGAAUUCAGUGACACCACAACAGUUACAAUAACAGUUGAAGAUUUUGACAAUCUAAACCCUUAUUUUGAUCACAGUCUCUACAAGGCAUCCAUUGAGGAAAACCAGGUAGGACAGUUUUCAGACAUCACUCCUGAGGCCAUAAAAGCUCAAGAUGGCGACACGGGCAUCAACGAGCCUGUAGUUUACAGCAUAACAGCAGUCUUUCCAAAUGAAUAUCAAAGUAACUUUGAAAUCGAUCAAAACAGUGGAGUCAUCUCUGUGACAAUGGCACUAGACAGAGAGGAAACAGACAAGAUAACUGUUCAUAUACAGGCUACUCAGCAGGAUGAUGCCAGUAAGACGGCUAAUGCUGUUGUGUCCGUCAUCAUUGAGGAUGUGGAUGACAACCCUCCGAAAUUUGACCAGGAUGAGUACACCGUAUCUAUUCUGGAAAAUUCACCACAGAAUCAGUUUGUGCUUCAGACUAGAGUCACUGAUCUAGACCUGGGAGGAUUUGUGGGAACAUUCCAGAUUAUUCCGGAAUCCGUACCUUUUUCCAUCAGCCCUGAUGGAACAAUUCUGGUGAAAAGUUCUGCAGACCUAGACAGAGAAACCACAACCAGCUUCAGUUUUCAAGUUGAAGCACAAGAAAACCCUCCUUCCACCAUCAAAGCAACAGCCGACGUGACCAUCAUCCUGUUGGAUGAGAAUGACAACAGUCCACAGUUUACAACUUCUAAGUAUCAGGGCAACGUUUACGGCAAUCAGACUAUCGGAAUGCAGGUUGUCAAGGUUGAAGCAACAGACCUGGAUGAAGGUCCAAAUAGUGAAAUCAGCUACUCCAUUGAGUUCGGAAAUGAGGGAGGUUAUUUUGGCAUUAAUGAGAAUGAUGGAGAGUUUACACUAGUUCAGACAAUCCCACUGGUGGAAAACAAAAUCCUUCAGUUUUCACUCUAUGUGACUGCAAAAGAUGGGGGCGCUACAAGCAGAUCCACUUCUGCAAUGGUGGAUGUCCAGGCACCUGGAGAUUCUCAUCCUCAGUUCCUUCAGAAGACCUACCAGGGACAAGUAGAGGAGGAUCAGUCAGAGGCAGACAUUGUGAAGGUGGAGUUCCUGUCCAUUGAUCCUAUUGUUCCUGUCAUCUUAACAGUUGAGACUGAAGCUGACAAGUUCUCCAUAAACCAGGAUACAGGUGUUCUCUCGACCAAAGUCAAACUGGACUUUGAGGAGGAGAGCAGCUACACUGUGCAGCUGUCGAUAUCGGAUGGAACUAACCGGGAUGAGGCAUCAGUCCUGGUCGAGGUGCUGGACAUAAAUGACAACAGUCCAGUUUUUGAAAGUCACCCUGCUUCUGUCUCAGUACCAGAGGAUCACACGGUGGGAGAUGAUGUAACAUCCAUUACAGCCACAGAUGCGGAUGCAGGGUUUAAUGGAGAAGUGCGGUACACUCUCCUGGGAGGUGCUGGAAGGUUUAAUGUUGACCAGGAAACAGGAGUGAUAACUCUAGCAGCUCCACUCGACAGGGAGACCCAAGAUGUGUACCAGUUAGUGAUCACUGCCCAAGAUCAGGGUCGCCCAUCACACUCCACCACCACCACUCUGGACAUCUCCGUGACGGACAUUAACGACAAUGCUCCCAUAUUUUCCAGACAACAGUAUGAGAUCACAGUGUCUGAGCAUGUUGAAGUAGGAAGAGCCGUGGUAGAUGUCAUGGCAACAGACAAGGACAAUGGUGCAAAUGCUAUCGUGACCUAUCACAUUGUCAAGCAGGAGCCUUCUUCAACAUCACCCGUCUUUAUCAUUGAUGCAGAGUCUGGUUCCAUAAGCCUUGCUGAAAAGCUGGAUUAUGGAAAAGCUAAGCGCUACACUCUAGAAGUGGAGGGACAAGAUGGAGGUACCCCUGUUCUCACUGGCAGUGCUACUGUAACGGUGUGGGUGGAGGACAUGAACGAUAAAGCUCCUGUGUUCAGUAAGGUCCAGUACGACGUGUCCGUCUAUGAAAACCUUGCAGGUGGAACUGCUCUGGUAUCUUUGGAGGUUACAGAUGAGGAUGAGGGAGGGUUCUCUAAAGGUCAUUUUAUCAUGGAUAGUGAUACCUUCAUUAUCAACAGUCAAGGAGUCAUAUCACUCCGGAGCGACGCCACCUUGGAUAGAGAAACUCUAGACAAUUACAAUAUACAGGUAAUAGCUGUAGACCAGCCUGUCGAUGGUUUAAGCUCCACAGCUCAGGUCAUCAUCACUGUUCUGGACGUCAAUGACAACAACCCACAAUUCCUUCCUCUCCCAGAGCCCAUUGAGAUUCAGGAAGGUGCGUACACACCCUCAUCACCUGGAGAGGUGUGCGAAAUCUUAGUCACAGACGCUGAUAUUGGAGACAACGGAUGUGUCACCAUCACUACUUCCUCACACAGUGAACUAUUCAGAUUCAGAGAGGAUGGGACUCUACUAGCUAUUGAGGAGCUGGAUCGGGAAACACAGGAUGUGUAUGAUGUGGUCAUUGUUGCCAUGGACCAUGCAAUCCCACAGAGAAAUAACAUCACCACAGUGAGGGUCAAUAUCACAGAUGUCAAUGACAACGCUCCAGUUUUCAGCUCUGACACCUACAGCAAAAGCAUUCUGGUUAAAGAUGUCAAAGUUGGAGAUGUGCUGCUGACGCUCUCGGCCACAGAUAAAGAUGCUGGAAGCAACGCACUUAUUAGCUACAGUUUCUCUGAAGACUCCUCAGUGGUCACACUGGAUGCUGAAACAGGAGACAUCACUUUGACCUCUGACCUUAGCGGGGUCACAGAAGACACACUGCUAACCCUUACUGCUAUAGCGACCGAUCAUGGAACACCACCAGAAUCUGAUGAAGUCGAAGUCUUGAUCUACUUUAAAAUUGCCCCUUUCACUGAGAAUGUGGCUUUUGAAAGCUCCUCCUACAACUUUGCAAUAAAGGAGAAUGAACCUGAGGCCUCAAUAGUGGGCAAGGUCAAGGCAUUAACAGGUAAUCCACUGGUUACUGUCAGCUAUAACAUGAAGUCACACAAGGAUGUCUUCUCUGUGGAUGGUGAGGGAACCAUAAAAGCUCUCAGACCGCUGGACAAGGAGGAAGUGGAGUGGUACAUCCUCACAGUAGAGGCCAUAGACUCCAGCACUCCUCCAAACACUGCAGAGACAACGGUCAGUGUUCAGGUUGAGAAUGUGAAUGAGGCUCCUGGGUUUGACAAUGAAAUAUAUGAAGCAGAAAUUUUCAGUAUCUUUCCAUACAAAUUCCCUAUAGUGAAUAUCCAGGCAUGGGACCCUGAUGUGGGCGAGAGCUCAGAACUGCAGUAUUCCCUGCAGGAGUCCACAACUCUGCUGGAUGUGGAGGCAAACACUGGUCAGAUCUACGUACUGGAUGCAUCUAGCUUUGGAGACAGUCUGUUCACCUUUCAUGUUAAAGCCACUGAUAAACAUGGACUGUUCACGACUACAACAGUACAGAUCAAAGUAAAACAAAGUGUACAUCGUGACAGCGUCUCAGUAAUCUCUCUAAACCAGCCUGUAUACAUAGUGGAGAAGAAGAUACUAGAGAUGGAAGAAUCCAUGAAGAAAGUUUUAGGCUGGACUGUGAAAGUCCUCAGUGUGAGAGCCGAGGAUGGGAUUGAGAUGCGCACCAUUCUCAGAGACUCUUCAGACAAGACUUACAUCAGUUUCAUUGCCAUGGACUCCAGUGGAGCUGUCAUCAAAGCCACAGAGGUCAAAGAGAAACUGCAGAGUAAUCACGAUGAAUUGAAAGUGGAGCUGGAGAAGGUAUUUGAUUCCGAUUUGGAAAUCAAAGUAGAGGAAGGUUCUGGAAUCUCUGAAGAUUCUGAAGAUUCCAGUGCAGCAGUCAUCAUUGCUCUCAGUGUUCUGCUGGCUAUAAGCAUCGUGGGAUUUGUCGCUGUGUUGACUGUCUGUCUCGUUAGGAUGAAGAAAAUGAAGAAGGACACAGAUUCUGACAGAGAGAGCUUCAAUAUUGGCAAACCUAAGAUAUCCAGUAUUGACAAAAGUUUUACAUUUCACAACAAAAAAGAAGACGACAAAGAGGUUAAGUUUAGUAACACACCCGAUUCUGAAAGAGAUUCCGAAAAUGACACGGAUUUGAGUAACGGCAACAGUAUCUCUGCCCUCUGAAAACACAUUGAUGCUCCAUCCUUCUCAGAACAAGACUUUACGAGGUUUAAAAUGAAUUCUGACACACUGUUAAAGCUCAGUUAAUGAAAAAUGGCAGUUGAAAUGUUCCAUAGCCAACAUUUUUGUUAUGUAUUUUUAUAUUUGUUUGAGUACUCCAACAUUAGCUUAGCAACACGCUAACACCAGACUACUGAAAUCAGUAGAGUUGAGUUUCCUGUGCACUUCUUGUGUUGCUGCCUAUGCAGAAGGUUCCACAUCAGUCACCAUUUCAGACUCACCUAGUUUUGGAACAGAGCAAAUAUCUCCUUUUGUAUCGAUGUUUUCUUUUCUUUUAAGUAAUAUUAGCAUUUUGCUAAUUAAUUUUCUAUGUGGUCUUUCACAAAGGGACAUCCCAAAACCUGCUUACACGUAACAGUAGGCUUUUGCACUUUAACCAGCUCAGCUAUAACUGUGUAUCAAAAUUAUGUGCCGCUUUUAAUUUGUAUCUUUGAUGUAAAUAUCCAUCAGAAUGAUUAAACUUCUUAAAAUAUUUCUUAAUCAUA